GUAAACGCACCCAUCGGCAUCUUCCCAUGGCAGCCAGCGUCGGAUUCCGCAUCAUUCCCUCGCCCAGUUGUCCCCCCCGUACAAAUUAACACCUAAGCUAACCUUCCGGGCUAGCUUGUGUGUGUGGCCUCGGAGGUCCGGGAUGAGCUCCGGCGGCUGCUCGACGUGCCUCGAGGUCAUCUUCGCCGCCAUCCUCCCGCCGCUCGGCGUCUUCUUCCGCUACGGCUGCUGCAGCUCCGAGUUCUUCGUCUCCCUCCUCCUGACGCUGCUGUGCUACGUCCCCGGCGUCGCGUACUCCCUCUACGUCAUCCUCCGGACGCCGCCCGAGCCGCCGGGCAUCGACGGGGAGCGGCCCUACGACAUGCUCGCCUGACGGCUUUGCUUGUACUUGUACAGCUCCACCCAACAACAACAACGCGUAGGCCUGUGCAAUGCAACACACACUCGCUGUAUGUAGUAGCUGUAGGUAGCAGGUAGCGGCUCAGGACAUUCCUGACUGUGUUCUCCAGCGUCACGUACGUCCCUGUUCCUCGUCGCGUGUGAUGACUGUGCAAUUGUUGGUCAUUGGUUUGCUGAUUCUUUCGAUCAGUUUAUCACGAACAGUAGGGUGCUGCCGUGCUGGACUGCUGCUCGUCUGUUUGCCGAUCACGCAGCAGUUGGUGGUAAUUGGCAACUGAUAUAAAAUUUAUGCGUGUACUCAUGUAUAAAUCCCAACCAGUAAUGCGGUUGGAAUUAAAAGAAAGGUAUUGUUUGGA